UCACACACCCAGAGCCACGUCAUAGUGGACAAGACAGACGCUUGCUAAAUUUUACAUCUUAUAAUGAAAGCGUUGAACACAGUUCGUAUUUUAUUGCUUUUGACUUAGUGACACGCACGGCAGACAUAUAAUGUGGACCACCCACCCACACACGACCACGUAGCUGAAGUUUAAUAUGUGACAGAAGAAAUACGCUUUGGAACUUCCCGUCAAAUCUGUAUCGCAGGUUUGCUGGAAUUCUAUGUAAGCGCCCUUGAGGAAAUGCUGGCAGCUCUAAAGAAAAGUACAAGUAAACCUGUUCCAGAGGCCUUGACCGAUUACACCCGGAAAGUAGAAUUUCUGAAAGGAUUAUUGGAAGCUGAGAAACUGACGUCUCCGACAGAGAAAGCUCUGGCCAAUCAGUUUCUGGCCCCCGGAAGAACUCCGACCACUGGGAACGAGAGAACGUCAGCCAGCAAAACCGUCCACCUGCAGACGAAAGCCAGGUGUACUGGAGAGAUGAGGAACGAGCUCCUCGGCACAACAUCAAAUACAGGUGCUGGAGAUGCAGAGCUGAGAAAUAGGAGGGGCACAGCGCUUGAUGAGAGGCAAUCGGCAACGGAGCUCGACACAGUCCUCCAGCACCACCACAACAUCCAGGAGAAACUAGCAGAGGAGAUGCUGAGCCUGGCUCGCAAUCUGAAGAACAACUCCCUAGCAGCACAGAACGUCAUCAAAAUGGACAAUCAGACACUGACCCAGUCCAUGAGGAUGGCAGACGUGAACUUUGAGAAGCUGAAGACAGAAUCAGAAAGGCUGGAGCAGCACACCAAGAAAUCCGUGAACUGGCUGCUUUGGAUCAUGCUGAUCAUUGUCUGUUUUAUUUUCAUCAGCAUGAUUCUGUUCAUAAGAAUCUUUCCUAGACUUCGCUGAUUCUAAUAAUAAUGAUUCACAUAAUCCUCUAUAUUGAAUUAUCCUUUAAUACAGAUGAUCUAUAUAUAGAAAGACACCGGGUGGAAGCAGCAAAGAGUCUUCAUGAUGAUCUGUUUUAGACAAAGGACACAGCAAUGUCUGUCUGCGUACAGGAUUUAGCUGUAGUUCCCUGCAGACAAUAUUCAUAAUCUCACCCUUCACCUGCUUCUGUAGUCAAGAGUCGUCCUGUUCACAAAUGCAUGAUGAAUUCACGGGUCAGUCUGUUGCUGUUCCGUUUGAGAGUCAUGCGUUUUCAGACCACACCUCUCAACCUGCAAAGAAGCUAGCAAUGAAUUAAAAAACAUGACACUUAAGGAAUUAAGGAAAUGAGCAGAUUCUGCACUCAAAAUCACUGCGUGGUCGUGAUGCUGUCUACACAAAAGCUUGACGUGGUGCUGUUUGUGGAUUGCGGAACGUGGUCUGAAAACUCACGGCAAUACCCCUCUUUCCCAUACAGCAGGGUCUGUGGGUCAAAACAGCAAGUCUGUAUUUUCUGUGCCUUGGGUAGCUGAAUUUAUCCAGAAUUACAUUUUGAUUUAUUCUGCCACUGUUUUUAACAUCGUUCAGUCUUAUUUGAUACAGUGUUAUCCAGUGCGUGUAGAAGAUAUAAUUAUUUAGCGAAGGAUUUGAAAUAACAUUGGUUGGAUACUUGUAGGUUGAUCAUUAUGACCUACAUCAACCAAAAAGCACAUUUUGUUUCUUUCAUUGUAUGUCACCACCAAUUCUGACCCAUAGAAACCUCAGAUGUAAUAUUCUAAUUAUUAAUAAUUGUUUUUCUUGUAAGUAUAGGUCUCCAGUUUUGACCAAAACAUUAUUUAUGGCCUUGGGCUCACUGACAUAAGUGGAACUGGUAUAUUGUUGGGUGGGGGUGAUUGCAAGUGGUAACAUGAGCUGUUUAAAUAAAGUCAUUGAGGCCACGUGUACUGACACAGUAUACUGUUAUAUAGUAAUGUAUUAUAUAUUUUAUUUAAUAAUUUAAACUCAUUCACAGGUGUCUUUUUUUGUGCUGGAGAACAAAUAAUUGAGUGUGAUUGUUUGGGGGGGUGUGAUGUUUGGCUGUUUGAUGAGAAUAUUCCUCUUCGA